AUGUCCUCCAGAACGCCAAGUAUUUACAGUGACGCUCUUGAGACACCUCUUGAGAACUCACAUCGGCAGGAGGAAGAACCUUCCCGUGCCCACACCUCAAUUCGUCCUCAACAACGACAGCAACAACAACACCAACACCCCACCGCAACAGCACCAGCAGACCCUGACGCAGUUUCGAUUGAACAGGACGUAGAAGUGGACGACCCAUCAGAGGAACAGAGUGGUGAUGACGAGGAAGGCUAUCAAGAUACUGAACCUAUGGAGGAGGACGGCGGGGCAGAAGUCGAGUCCGCUCAACGCCACCAGCAAUCCAGAGCAGCAGCAAGAGGAGGCGAGGCUAUGGACGUGGACGAUGAUCACCAUCAGGGGGGUUCGUCUUCGAUGCAGAUUGAUUCGGUAACACAGAGUCAAAGUGUUGCACAGGGAAGCAUCGCCACGUCUGUAUCAGUAGCAACUUCUGCCCAACAAGGCCAAAACUCAGGAUCAGGAUCUGGAACGAUAACACCCGCAGCAGCUGAUCCAUCAGAGGCAAGAGGUACAUCGUCUUCCACCUCUGGAGCAGGAGGAACAGCGACAGCAUCAGGAGCCAAGAGCUCGACGCCUGCGGUGGACGAGAAGGCUCAGAGCGAGCUGAGGCGCCAGAUUAUGGAGAUCCAGCGAGACCCCAACAUCAAGUUUUCUGACAAGGCAGGGAUGAUCCAGAAACUAAUGUCGUCAAGGUGGCAAAACUCAAAACGCUUGACUGACAAACAGAACGAUGGAUCUAUCGAGGCCACGGAGGAGGAUCUGAAAAAGACGUACUAUAACAUGGAGCAGAACCAGCUAGGAUGUAAACAUUAUCGCCGAGGGUGCAAGCUAAAGGCAAACUGUUGCGGGAGGUGGUUCAACUGCCGGUUCUGUCACGACGAUGACAGUGAUCAUACCAUUGUCCGGAGCGAGACUAAGAUGAUGCUCUGUAUGCACUGCCAGACUAUCCAAGAGGCUGCCCAGAAUUGCUCCUCCUGCAAGGCGCGGAUGGCGGUCUACUACUGCGACACCUGCAAGCUCUGGGACGACGACCCCAAGAAACACAUCUAUCACUGCGACGACUGUGGGAUCUGCAGAAUCGGGCAGGGACUCGGACGAGACUACUUUCAUUGCAAGAAGUGUAAUGUCUGUAUGAACAUUCAGCUCCAGGACAAUCACAAAUGUAUCGAGCGCAACCUGGAGUGCGAUUGUCCCAUCUGCGGAGAGUAUAUGUUCACCAGUACAUCUACGGUUAUCUUCAUGCCGUGCGGACACUGCAUCCAUUCGAGAUGCCACGAGGAUUAUAUCAAGACGUCGUACCAAUGUCCGACCUGCUGGAAGUCUCUGGGAGACAUGUCCGGUUACUAUUCCAAGAUUGAUUCAUUGCUGGCCGAACAAACCAUGCCCGCAGACUAUGCCAAUAUCUUUUCGAUUGUUCUCUGCAACGAUUGCGAGAUUAAAUCUGAGGUACCCUACCACUUCCUCUACCAUCGCUGCGACAAAUGCCGCGGAUACAACACCAAAGUCCUCGAGACCUUCAAACGCGUCGGAACGGAUGGUCAAGUCCAGGUAGUCGAUAAUGCGAUUGCUACUGGAGCAGCGGGCACUGUGCCUGAGAAUAGCAUUACCGGAGGCAAUACCGUCAUGGUAGGAGCAGUGGGGUCGUCAUCGACUUCGUCGGCAGGAGUAGGAACUUCGUCGGGGGUGAACUCGUUGGUACCUGGCGGGGCUGUGGUGAGUGUGUCCAUGCCUCGGUCUCCAUUGAUGGACGAGAAUGCCUCUGGAGAUAUGACCAUGGCUGGCAUCUCUGGCAAUUCUGCUCCGUAG